GUGCCAGCCGGCUCUGGAUAUUUCCUAGUGAUGCCGGAUCUAACAGUCAAUGGACAUGCGUUGCCACUGAAUGCUGUCUCGUGCAUCACACACAUCACGAAGCUUCUUGGCCAUCUCGAUAAGUGGAAGGCGAAACUGAAAGUUGCUCACAAAGCUGGCUACAACAUGAUACACUUCACUCCAGUACAGAAGCUUGGAAUCUCGAAUAGCAGGUGCCGACACGCUCUUUACCAUCUUAUAGCUUAA